UGCAAUGGAAGACGUGAAGACAUUCAUGGUUGCUCAUCUUAAAGAGAUAUGUGGGGCUGCUGUUAUCGGAUUUACUGUCAUGGUUGUGUAUAAGAGGUGCAAGAGGAAAAUUAAGAAAUCUUAUCCAAGAAACACAGUAAUUCACCACACAAUACCAAGAGGUCCAUUUGCCCCUAGUCUUACUCCGUUUGCUUUAAAACUGGAGACCUAUUUGAGGAUGGCAAAAGUUCCAUAUCAGAAUGAAUUCGACAGUGUUGUCAACAGAAGUUCUAAAGGAAAGUUAACAUGGAUUGAAUACAAUGGCGAAGAGGUGGCAGAUUCUGAGUUUUGUAUCAAGUUCAUUAAUAAAACACUUAACAUAGAUUUGGACAAAGAUUUCACAGACGAAGAAAAGGCCAUUGCUUACUCUUUUCAAAAAGUUGCUGAGGAGUAUUUUUACUGGGCACUAUUUCUACAACGCUGGGUGUACGAUGAAGAAGGAGAAGUGUUUAAAUAUAUCAAAAUUCCUUGGAUAUUCAGAAAAAUUGGGAAACGUGGCGCAAUAAAACAAGCGCAAGCGCAAGGGAUAGGUCGCCAUUCUCAAGAGGAGGUACAGACACUUAUUUUUGAAUGCCUUCAGAACUUCUCUUCUUUCUUAGGGAAGAAAAAGUUUUUGCUUGGAGAGAAACCUUGUCAGGCGGACUGUGCUGUAUUUGGAAUUCUAUCCCAGUGCUACUGGCAUGGAUUCGGUUCAUUUACAGAACAAGAAUUCAAAAAGUUUGAAAAUCUCUGUAGUUACUGUGAGAGGAUGAAGGCAGAAUUUUGGCCAGACUGGGAUGACUGUAUUACACACGAUGAUACAAGGGAAGCCACUAAAUGAGAGCGAAAGAUAGAGAGUUGCGAGAAAAAGAGUUUACCUACACUCGUAUGACACAUUUAUCGUGCACACGGAAUAAGGCACAAUUCCAAUAAAGGAACAAGGGUCUGAAUCAUGGAUCUAAGAUCCUAAAUUUCAUAUUUGAAGUAGAGGGUCCAUUAUUUCUUGUCCAAGGGUUAGAAGAUCCGAAGAAUUUUAAAGAUUACAGAAGGCAGUUUUUCCCCUUUGCGUGUAGAUUAUUUAUCUUUUUUUUUAAUAUAGGUUCAGUGUUUAAUAGAAUCGUUA